AUGUGGCGAUGUGGCGAGGCUUGGGUGUUUGGUGCAAAGCAUCUUCUAUUCCAAAACCCCUUACACACACUCACUCUUCCUCACCACGCCAUCACCCCCGCCGCCCCCGCAACCGCGCCCACAAACCCCAUCUUCCUAUACCCCUUCCCACGCGCCGCCCCCGUCGCCUGCCCACUCGCACUCGCUAACGUGAUCGUACUCCUCACACCGUCCGUCGUCGUCGUCGUCGACAUCGACAUCGACAUCGUUACCUCCGCACUAGUCUUUGUAACCGCCUCACUCGAGCUCGAGCCGCCCGCACUAACCCGAGUAUUCGUCCCAUUGAUAAGCGUAACAGCCGGUCUGGAAAGCACAGGCGGCGUAGUAUCAAUUGCCAGACCCGUUGGCGCGGUAGAUGACAGCGACGACGCGGGAGGAGUGAGAAAACUAGCAUACGUCGCCGCACUACUUGGCGUUUGUUGA